CUCCUUCAAUUUUUACGACAAGGAUAUCAUUAUCGCCAAGGACGUAUCUCGCUCUGUUCGUAGUGAUGUCUGGGCUCAUGCAAUUUUUCAUGUCAGUUGAAAUAAAGAAUGAUACUGCGGUAUAUAUUGAACCACUCCUAUCUGAAGCUAGCUGUGCCAUCGCUGACCAAGCAAUAUUCAAAUUUAGGGUUAUUGGAGAACCAAAAAUUGUUGCAAUUUUUGAAGUAGAAGAUGCUACAGUUCUGAAUAGGGUUACUGCUGAAAUAAUGGCUUCCGGUUCCUUUACCGUGACAUGUUCACCACUAUCCUGUUAUGAAAGUUGGGCCAAGAUUUUAGGCGUUGAUGAAAAAUUCACAGGACCAGCUCCAAGGAAAUUGACAGGAAAAUAUGUGUCAUGGUUUGACAUUACGUUAGAACAUCAUGGUAUACCAUUAGAACAAUUUGUAGAAUAUUGGAGAGACGAAGCAGCUUCAAUUUUAGAACUACGCAGUAAAGGACAGAUCGAGAUUGAGAUUUUUAAAGUGCUUGGCGAAAGACGGCUACACGCUUUUUCUUGUAAAGAUAACCCAGAAGAAUGGGAAGGCCUAACGUUAAAGCUUCCAAUGUGGGUCAAAAUGGGAGACCAAAUAUACAAGAAGACGAAACUUGUCACAAAGAUGUAAUAACAAGGACUACAAAAUCGAUUUUUCAUCAAACAUUAAUGUAUUAUAAAUAAAGUCAAUAGUAGUAAACCGCUGUUCCAUUGUCAUAAUUCGAUUAAGAAAAUACAAAUUCGGGUAACAAACUAAAACCGAGGGAAACACAUUAACUAUAAGAAGAAAACAACGGAACAACAGAAACACUGAACUCCAACAAAAGCAAACGCCAACAUACAUAGAAACGACAAAUAAGCUAAUUCAUAUGUUGCUUUUUUUUUUAUAAGUUUACAUGUUUAAAGAAGUUUUGUUAUUGGUGUAAUCAAUAAAUACAAGCUUUCA